AUGCCCGCGAUAGACGUGGCCAUGAGGAGGAGUGUCCAAGGGGGGAUUGCGGAUGGAUUUGUCAACUUACUGGUGCGCAGUGUGCAACAACCGCUCGAACAAAGAGAUGUCAUCCAGGAUUUCAACAAUGUCAAGACGGCGUUUUCAAGUUGGGACAAUUGUAUGAAGGUUGCUUACUGCAAAUGGACCACCAUCGGGCUCAUGAUCUUUGCCGGAGUCGUCAUCUUUUCGGUGUGGGCUCGCAAACACAAGUACCUCGAUGCGCCCUACGUUCCACCCGAUCAGGGCUAUAAGGCUCCGGAGCCGAUGGAUCAUGGCUUCGGAAGCCGUCCGGCACCCACGUAUAAUCCCCAGGUAUCUGAACCCCAGUAUGCUGAAUUUGAAGUCAACAAGAAGAGGCAGACGAUGGGCGAUUCGCUGCCUGCUAUGCCGGAGUGGGAGGGCGCAGGGAACAAGAAGGUGAUGGUGGAAGAGGAGGCUGUGGAGCUGGAUCAGUUGAAGAAGCCGGAAGAGAAGACUGCCCAGAGUGCCGGUGCCGAUGCUGCUGCCGGGGCUGCGGUCAUGUCCGGCGCGGCCGCUACUAUUCCGGCAGCAGCACCUGGACGAGGCACAACACCACGACCUAGUCCACCUCCAGGGGGCCAGCAGGGUCCCUACGGAGGUCCGGCCGGUAACAACGGCUUCUACGGAAACAAUACCGGUUACGGCCAGAACACACAAGGGUAUAAUCAAGCAUCCCUGACUUCUCCUUAUGGCCAGUCCUCAUCCCCAUCACCAUACGGAAUGGCCGCUUCCGCCAUGGGCCCCGCUGCCGUAGGAAACGCGGGGUACAAUGCCCCUGGUGGUGGUUACGGCAACCAACAACAAGAUGCCUAUGGCCGUUACGGCGAGCCCACACGAAACAACACCUACGAUACCGCACGAAGCAACACUUACGAUUCCUACGGCGCCAGUACCAACAGCCCUGCCUCUCCUUACGACACCUCACCCUACGAUACCUACGAUUCCGGCAACCAAGGCGGUUACGGCAGCUCCCAGCAACAACCCUACGGCCUGGCCGCCGGUGGCGUAGCAGCGGGUAUGGGGAUGGCAGCUGGAAGUAUGGGACCUAACCGCGUCCGCUCCCCGCCCGCCGCAGCAAUGAACACAAUCCCCUAUCCUCCAAACCCCAUGGCCCGCCGGUCGCCAGCUCCCAAGCAACCACUGAACGGUCUCGGGUACGGAGGACCUAGCACUAAUCAGGCGCACGAAAUGCCAGGCGAUGAUUCCUUCCUCGGUGGACCUCGACACCAAUCUCCCGCUCCUCAAUCAACGGGAGCCACGGGGGGCGGCUAUGGCAGCCUCGGUGGACCUAGACACCAAUCUCCCGCUCCUCAAUCAACGGGAGCCACAGGGGGCAGAUAUGACGGCUUUUCAAACCAGCCAUACUCCCAGGGCAGCACCCAGCAACAGAGGCAAAACACCUUUGGCGGAAACAACAGUUACGGAGGGGGGAACAACGCAGCUAGUUACGGCGACAUGAUGCGCUCCACACCCUCCCCAGCGCCGACGGGACCGUUGCCUAAGCCUCCGGUGAGGAAUAAUACUAUGGGAGGUCAGAGUACUUUGGGAGGUAACAAUGGUGGUAGUCCUGCUUCUGCUACUGGAGGGUUCGACUUUAGUAGUGGGGGUUAUUCCAGGCCGAGCCCAACCAUGGGACAGCAACAAGGAGGAAGUAUGGGAGGGCAGAAUGAGGGAGGAGCGGCGGGGUAUCCGGGAUAUAAACCUUACUCGCCGGUGGGUGGAGGAGCAGCAGGAGGAGGAGCAGCAGCAGGAGGAGGAGGGGCGUACAGAGCAUGGUGAAAUGGCAGCGACGUGGAGGGGGAAAGUGAAAAAGUGAAUGAUUAACGGGAAAAAGCAUGGGGUUGCGGCGUUCUUCUUCUUCUUCUUAUUCAUGUUUUGGUUAGAUACCAGGAUCUUUUUGGUCAGUUGGUUGGUUUGGUUCUCGAUAUCAGGACCACCUACCUACUCCGCGUCAUGACAUUGACUUCAGAG